AUACAACACACCCAAGUCAUGCUUCCUUAUAUUCCAGAUUUAAACAGAUUUAAAUAUAAAUACCUUUCGUGGUAUACACUCCUAUAUCCAAUUGUAUCUUUUCAAUCUGGGUAGAAACAGCCUACGAACGCCCCCGCUGCAGACGUUGCUUAUUGCCUCGUUGGUACUAAUAGAAGCAGCUCGGACACAUGUAUCUUCGAAACCUCCAAUGAUGCCGCAGCCAUCCAUCGGCGACAUAUCCACAGCCCUCCUAGCCAUAUAUGACCUGCAGCUCGUCUCCUAUACAAUACUCCAGUCGUUAUGGGCCGGUUACGGUUACAUCUGCCACCUCACCGCCAGCCACAAGGAAACCUUCGAGGCACACUCCCUCAUACUUAAACUGAUAACGCCACCACCACUCAAGGCAGAUGAUGAGGGUCACAGCCGCAAGCUGCCACGGACUGUGCCCGUCGCCCAGUGUCUGGCUACCGUCAACGAGCAUCAUCCAGAUGGAACCAGUAUCACCGCGAUGAUUAUAAGUGAUUUACGCCAUGACUUCCCCAUAGCGAGUGGGAAGAGAAACUCGUUGACAGAAAUUCAAGUUCAUGCAGCGCUGGCUUGGCUCGGCCAGUUUCACGGCUUUUUCUGGACUAGGGUUGGCGACUUGGACAGAAGCAGGCUUGUGCGGCCACCACUCGUCGAGGCGAGAGGAAGUGAUGAAAACAGGCCCGACAGGGCCGUGUGGUUGAACGGAGGCUACACCUACCUUGCCACAAGGCGAAACGAGUACGAUAGUCUUGCGGCAGAUGCCGCAUCGGAGUGGUCAGAGGCACUAUGCAGACCUAUACAGGGCGGCUUAUCCACUGCCGAGAUGGUCGCCAGGAUUCUUGCCCCCUCAGAGAUCGCAGGCGGUCCGCUUUCACGGUACGAAACGCUGAUUCAUGGUGAUGUCAAGUCUGAGAACCUCUUCACCAACAUCGAAGAGGACCAAGUGGCGUUCUAUGAUUUCCAGUAUACCGGAUUGGGACUCGGGGUAUGUGAUCUCGCCAAGUUGUUUACUUGCUCCGUACCAUUGAGCAUGUUGACUAAUGAACGGGCACGAGAGUUGGACAUUAGCCCUGCAGAGAUGGCAUUGCUUCAAGAAUACCACGCCAGGCUGCAAAGUGUGGACCAAAGGUCAUAUGAUUGGGACGUAUUUGUUCAUCAUUGGGAGAGUGCCUUGGUAGACUGGCUGAGGUUCCAGGCGAGCUGGGGCUUCUGGGGAAACACGGAAUGGCUGGAGGCAAGGGUGAGAAGCAUACUAAAGGACCAAGGCUGGCGGUCGUGGUUGGCAAAGAGUAUUAUCACGGAUAACAAUAUCCAGUAG